AUGGCGACAGUGAUGGGAUCAAUGUUAAUAUUUGGGCUAUGUAUGCUGCCAGGAGUCCUGGCAGGCUUGGCUACCACUCCGCAAAUGGGCUGGAACAGCUGGAACUCAUUCAAAGCGAAUAUCAACCAAUCGAUAAUAGAGACUACUGCGAGCCUUCUUGUUGACACUGGUCUUCGUGAUGUUGGCUACAAAUACCUCAUUAUGGACGAGGGCUGGCAGGCAAUGACCAGGGAUGAAAAUGGACGUCAACAGCCAAAUACUACGAGCUUCCCCAAGGGAAUACGCGCGAUUGCAGAUUUUGUCCACAGCAAGGGGCUGAAAGUGGGAAUCUAUAGUGAUGCUGGUAUAUACGACUGCAAAUUUUAUCCGGGAUCCUGGGGUUAUGAAGAACUCGAUGCUGCUACUUAUGCCGCGUGGGGUAUAGACUACCUCAAGUAUGAUAACUGCGGAGGAUUCCAAGCCAACACUGAGAGUCCACAGGUUCGUUUCUCGGUCAUGAGAGAUGCAAUCCGGAACAGCGGUCGAUCUAUCUUUUAUUCUAUCUGCCAGUGGGGACAUCAGUUUCCCUGGUACUGGGCGGAUGAAAUUAGCCAGUCGUACAGGAUCUCUGGAGAUAUCACUGAUAUUUUUGGUGAUACCGUGGAGGACUGUGCUUGCAAGACAGCAUACUGCUUGGAUGUUGGAUACGCUGGCUGCAGCGUGCUUACCAUCAUCCGGAAAAUGAGAGAGCUCAGCGCCUUCCAGAAACCCGGAAGUUGGGCCGAUAUGGACAUGCUUGAAAUUGGCAAUGGCGACAUGACGCUCUAUGAACAGCAGACUCACCUGACAUUCUGGGCAGCUUUGAAGUCGCCCUUGAUAAUUGGAGGUGAUCUCCGAACACUCUCAAAGGAGAGUCUGAACGUGUUGAAAAAUAAAGAAAUAAUCGCUAUCUCCCAGGACGCUCUUGGUGAAGCAGUGGCAUAUAUUCCAAAGUUGAGCGACGAGAAGAGGAUUCAAGUUUGGGCUGGCCCAUUGUCCGAAGGCAAGACUUUGAUCUUGGCACUCAGUGAAUUGGCGAAUACGACCAUGAUAAAUAUUCCGCUUGGUGAUAUCCCAGGUCUGACGUCUCAGAACUCCUAUUCAGUCCGGGAUAUAUGGAAAGCUCAGAAUCUUGGUCAGGCAAAAGGGAACAUCAGAUUACAGGUAGCCACGCACCAGACCGUUGCUCUUGUCAUCAACUAG